AUGUCGACCGAAACCGAGAAGAAUGACGCAAAGACGGAGUCGCUACUAGACGCGUCAACGCCAACGCCUGUGGACGCCGUCAUUUCUGAGCCCGAGAAAGAUGCAACUGCCGAUGUGCACCUUGUUGAGAAGAAGCUAGAAGGGCUCGCGGUCGGAGCAGUUACUACUGAGGUCCAAGCAGCUGAGUCCGCAGGCAAUGAUCCGGAAUCUGCAAAGGAAGAGAAGCCGUCAAUCUCGCGUAGUGACGAGCCCUCUACCUCGGGCAUUCACCUCGGAGGCGGUGACAUCAGAUCAGACUCUACGCAGGACUCGCAAAGCGAGUACCUCUUUCGACCACCCCAAACAAUAUUCAGCUCAUUCCGCAGCACACACCGAUCCUGUUCCUACGAGCAGAUGGUGUCCCGCCAACCCUCCAGACGCAAGUUCGAGAAUAAGGACGAUGUUCGCGAUAUUCACGAUCGUAGCUACCGAAACAUCCUAGAUCCCCGGGGAGGUACACCAGAGCGCUUCAUGACUAUCACUGCCCAACAACUAUAUGGUUCCAAUCCACCAAGUCUGGAGGAACUACGUGUUGGCGAUUAUGCUCUUGGCCUCAUUAGACCCUUAUCGUUAGGUGGUACACCAAAGCAGUCAUCGACGGCCGAUACUCCACGUCCUAUCAACGAUGACGAGCUAGUCGAUGGAAAGCCAGCACCGCCUACAGAUUGCGGCUGA